CGGGCAGGCGCGGCGGCGGCGGUGGCGGUGGCGGCCGCAGAGGCUGAGGCGGGCGGGCUCGCUGAAGGCCGGCGCACCGGCAGCAGGUGGGCGCGGUGCGGACCGGCGGCGGCGGGCCGGGGGCUGCCGGGCGGCGCUCGGGCCGGGCGCGGCCGGCAGUGCGGCGCGCCAUGGACUUCAACAUGAAGAAGCUAGCGUCGGACGCCGGCAUCUUCUUCACUCGGGCGGUGCAGUUCACAGAGGAGAAAUUCGGCCAGGCCGAGAAGACCGAGCUCGAUGCCAACUUUGAGAACCUUCUGGCCCGGGCAGACAGCACCAAAAACUGGACGGAGAAAAUCCUGAGGCAGACAGAGGUGCUGCUGCAGCCCAACCCAAGUGCCCGAGUGGAGGAGUUCCUGUAUGAGAAGCUGGACAGGAAGGUGCCCUCGAGGGUCACCAACGGGGAGCUGCUGGCUCAGUACAUGGCAGAGGCGGCCAAUGAGCUGGGGCCCACCACACCCUACGGGAAGACACUGAUUAAGGUGGCAGAAGCAGAAAAGCGCCUGGGAGCCGCAGAGAGAGAUUUUAUCCACAUGGCUUCCAUCAACUUCCUCACGCCCCUGCGCAACUUCCUGGAAGGGGACUGGAAGACGAUUUCGAAGGAGAGGCGACUCCUUCAAAACCGGCGUCUGGACUUGGAUGCCUGCAAAGCCCGGCUGAAGAAGGCCAAGGCUGCAGAAGCCAAAGCCACGACGGUGCCUGACUUUCAGGAGACUAGACCGCGUAAUUACAUUCUCUCGGCCAGCGCCUCCGCGCUCUGGAAUGAUGAGGUGGACAAGGCCGAGCAGGAGCUCCGAGUGGCCCAGACAGAGUUUGACCGGCAGGCAGAGGUGACCCGUCUCCUGCUGGAGGGGAUCAGUAGCACUCACGUGAAUCACCUUCGCUGCCUCCAUGAGUUUGUUGAGUCUCAGACAACUUACUAUGCCCAGUGCUACCGCCACAUGCUGGACCUGCAGAAGCAGCUGGGCAGAUUUCCAGGCACCUUCGUGGGCACCACAGAACCCGCCUCCCCGCCCCUCAGCAGCACCUCGCCCACCACCACUGCAGCCACUAUGCCUGUGGGGCCCUCCGUGGCCGGCCUGGCCCCUCCAGGGGAGGCCGCCCUCCGCCUGGAGGAGGUGGCCCCUCCUGCCAGUGGGACCCGGAAGGCCCGCGUGCUCUACGACUAUGAAGCAGCUGACAGCAGCGAGCUGGCCCUGCUGGCUGAUGAGCUCAUCACCGUCUACAGCCUGCCUGGCAUGGACCCUGACUGGCUCAUUGGCGAGAGAGGCAACAAGAAGGGCAAGGUCCCUGUCACCUACUUGGAACUGCUCAGCUAAGCAGGCCCUCUCCCAGGCCCUGCCCGUUCCGGCCUGGGCAGGAGAGGACGGGUGCUGCCCUGCCACUAGUCUUGUCUGUUGGUGACCCAGCUGCUCAGGGUGGGGAGACGAAUCCCAUCCCGUCCUGCUGUGAGGGGCCCCAGAGGCUGAAUGAUCCCGGCCCCUCCCCAAGCCCUGCUUUUGACCUGGUUCUGGAGCCCCCAACCCUGCCUGCAUCCCUGAGCGCCCCCACCCUCCCGGCUCCUCCUAAGGAGGGAGGGGGGCUGGCUGCAGCAGCUGCACUCAGCGCCUUCGCCUGUGGGGGUCAGUGCAGAUGGCCUGAGGAAGCCCUGGGGUGCACCCUUGGCAAGAGAGCACCUGCCUUUUAGUUGCCAAAAGCAGCGAAGGGGAAAAGGCAGGCAGGUCUGUGGCAGGCCCGGGGACUGGGUGCUGGCCCCUCUGGAUGAGCUGGAGCGGAGGGCAGCCUGGCCAGAGAGGCAGGGCCAGGCUACGGAGCGGCAUCUCCCCGGUGCUACCCUUCCCUUCCCACCCCUACAGCUCAAGCCAAGUACGGUGGCUGCAGCCUGCGCCUCUUCACACACUCACUUUUUAACUCAUCUUUUUACUCUGCCUGUCUGCUUGCUCUCUGGCCGGUGACAAAUAAUAAACCAUCCUUCGUGUGCA